GGUUCGCUCUCUCGCUAGCUCUCGGCUGCCGCUCUUGCUGCGGCUGCGGCUGGGGCUGGGGGCGGCGGCGGCGACGCGGGCGGCGGGCGGCGCGGGGCGGUCCGGCGGGUUCAAAGAGGAAAACAUGGCGGAAAACAAAGGCGGCGGCGAGGCUGAGAGCGGCGGCGGGGGUAGCGGCAGCGCGCCGGUAACUGCCGGGGCCGCCGGGCCCGCCGCGCAGGAGGCGGAGCCGCCUCUCACCGCGGUGCUGGUGGAGGAGGAGGAGGAGGAAGGCGGCAGGGCCGGCGCUGAGGGCGGCGCGGCCGGGCCCGACGACGGGGGGGUGGCCGCGGCCUCCUCGGGCUCGGCCCAGGCUGCUUCAUCCCCUGCGGCCUCAGUGGGCACUGGAGUUGCCGGGGGCGCAGUAUCGACGCCGGCUCCAGCUCCAGCCUCGGCUCCCGCUCCGGGUCCCUCGGCAGGGCCGCCUCCUGGACCGCCAGCCUCGCUCCUGGACACCUGCGCCGUGUGUCAGCAGAGCUUGCAGAGCCGGCGUGAGGCGGAGCCCAAGCUGCUGCCCUGUCUUCACUCCUUCUGCCUGCGCUGCCUGCCCGAGCCGGAGCGCCAGCUCAGCGUGCCCAUCCCGGGGGGCAGCAACGGCGACAUCCAGCAAGUUGGUGUAAUACGGUGCCCAGUAUGCCGCCAAGAAUGCAGACAGAUAGACCUUGUGGAUAAUUAUUUUGUGAAAGACACAUCUGAAGCUCCUAGCAGUUCUGAUGAAAAAUCAGAACAGGUAUGUACUAGUUGUGAAGACAAUGCAAGUGCAGUUGGCUUUUGUGUAGAAUGUGGAGAGUGGCUAUGUAAGACAUGUAUCGAAGCACAUCAAAGAGUAAAAUUUACUAAAGAUCACUUGAUCAGGAAGAAAGAAGAUGUCUCAGAGUCUGUUGGAGCAUCUGGUCAACGCCCUGUUUUCUGCCCUGUACACAAACAAGAACAGUUGAAACUUUUCUGUGAAACAUGUGAUAGAUUGACAUGUAGAGACUGUCAGCUAUUGGAACACAAAGAACAUAGGUAUCAGUUUUUGGAAGAAGCUUUUCAAAAUCAGAAGGGUGCAAUUGAGAAUCUACUGGCAAAACUUCUUGAGAAGAAGAAUUAUGUUCAUUUUGCAGCUACUCAGGUGCAGAAUAGGAUAAAAGAAGUAAAUGAGACUAACAAACGAGUAGAACAGGAAAUUAAAGUGGCCAUUUUCACCCUUAUCAAUGAAAUUAAUAAGAAAGGAAAAUCUCUCUUACAGCAGCUAGAGAAUGUUACAAAGGAAAGACAGAUGAAGUUACUACAGCAGCAGAAUGACAUCACAGGCCUUUCCCGGCAGGUGAAGCAUGUUAUGAACUUCACAAAUUGGGCAAUUGCAAGUGGCAGCAGCACAGCACUACUAUACAGCAAGCGACUGAUUACUUUCCAGUUGCGUCAUAUUUUGAAAGCACGGUGUGAUCCUGUCCCUGCUGCUAAUGGAGCAAUACGUUUCCAUUGUGAUCCCACCUUCUGGGCAAAGAAUGUAGUCAAUUUAGGUAAUCUAGUAAUAGAGAGUAAACCAGCUCCUGGUUAUACUCCUAAUGUUGUAGUUGGGCAAGUUCCUCCAGGGACAAACCACAUUAGUAAAACCCCUGGACAGAUUAACUUAGCACAGCUUCGACUCCAGCACAUGCAACAACAAGUAUAUGCACAGAAACAUCAGCAGUUGCAACAGAUGAGGAUGCAGCAACCACCAGCACCUGUACCAACUACAACAACAACAACACAACAGCAUCCUAGACAAGCAGCCCCUCAGAUGUUACAACAACAGCCUCCUCGAUUGAUCAGUGUGCAAACAAUGCAAAGAGGCAACAUGAACUGUGGAGCUUUUCAAGCCCAUCAGAUGAGACUGGCUCAGAAUGCUGCCAGAAUACCAGGGAUACCCAGGCACAGCGGCCCUCAGUAUUCCAUGAUGCAGCCACACCUCCAAAGACAACACUCAAACCCAGGGCAUGCUGGACCCUUUCCCGUAGUAUCGGUACACAACACCACAAUCAACCCAACGAGCCCUACUACAGCAACUAUGGCAAAUGCAAACCGAGGUCCCACCAGCCCAUCUGUUACAGCAAUAGAGCUAAUCCCCUCAGUUACCAAUCCAGAAAACCUUCCAUCGCUGCCAGAUAUUCCACCCAUACAGUUGGAAGAUGCUGGCUCAAGUAGUUUAGAUAAUCUACUAAGUAGAUACAUCUCAGGCAGUCACCUACCCCCACAGCCUACAAGCACCAUGAAUCCUUCUCCAGGUCCCUCUGCCCUUUCUCCGGGAUCAUCAGGUUUAUCCAAUUCUCACACACCUGUGAGACCCCCAAGUACUUCUAGUACUGGCAGUCGAGGCAGCUGUGGGUCAUCAGGAAGAACUGUUGAGAAGACAAGUCUUAGUUUCAAAUCUGAUCAGGUGAAGGUCAAGCAAGAACCUGGGACUGAAGAUGAAAUAUGUAGCUUUUCAGGAGGUGUAAAACAAGAAAAAACAGAGGAUGGCAGGAGGAGUGCUUGCAUGUUGAGCAGUCCUGAGAGUAGCUUGACACCACCUCUCUCAACCAACCUGCAUCUAGAAAGUGAGUUGGAUGCAUUGGCAAGCCUGGAAAACCAUGUGAAAACUGAACCUGCAGAUAUGAAUGAAAGCUGCAAACAGUCAGGGCUCAGCAGCCUUGUUAAUGGAAAGUCCCCAAUUCGAAGCCUCAUGCACAGGUCGGCAAGGAUUGGAGGAGAUGGCAACAAUAAAGAUGAUGACCCAAAUGAAGACUGGUGUGCUGUCUGCCAAAACGGAGGAGAUCUCUUGUGCUGCGAAAAAUGUCCAAAGGUCUUUCAUCUAACUUGUCAUGUUCCAACACUACUUAGCUUUCCAAGUGGGGACUGGAUAUGCACAUUUUGUAGAGAUAUUGGAAAGCCAGAAGUUGAAUAUGAUUGUGAUAAUUUGCAACAUAGUAAGAAGGGGAAAACUGCGCAGGGGUUAAGCCCCGUGGACCAAAGGAAAUGUGAACGUCUUCUGCUUUACCUCUAUUGCCAUGAAUUAAGUAUUGAAUUCCAGGAGCCUGUUCCUGCUUCGAUACCAAACUACUAUAAAAUUAUAAAGAAACCAAUGGAUUUAUCCACCGUGAAAAAGAAGCUUCAGAAAAAACAUUCCCAACACUACCAAAUCCCAGAUGACUUUGUGGCCGAUGUCCGUUUGAUUUUCAAGAACUGUGAAAGGUUUAAUGAAAUGAUGAAAGUUGUUCAAGUUUAUGCAGACACACAAGAGAUUAAUUUGAAGGCUGAUUCAGAAGUAGCUCAGGCAGGGAAAGCAGUUGCAUUGUACUUUGAAGAUAAACUCACAGAGAUCUACUCAGACAGGACCUUCGCACCUUUGCCAGAGUUUGAGCAGGAAGAGGAUGAUGGUGAGGUAACUGAGGACUCUGAUGAAGACUUUAUACAGCCCCGCAGAAAACGCCUAAAGUCAGAUGAGAGACCAGUACAUAUAAAGUAAAAUGACAUGGAUUUAAAUCAAUUGUUUAAAAAAAAAAAACGAAAAAAAAAAAAAAACCACAAAAAUCCCAGAAAACUUUUAAGUGUUGCUGGAAUAUCCUGCCUACAGUGGGCACCUCCUUGAAGAAGCUGAUAGCUUUUACACAGUAUUAGAUUGAAAUAAUGGACAGAAACACAUUCUUGUCAAGAAAGGGGGAGAGAAGUCUGUUUGCAAGUUUCAAAGCAAAAAGCAAAAGUGAAAUGAUUUGAGGAUUUCUGUUCUAAUGGGGAUGAUUCUCUGAUUGUUAGAAAUGGCAAAUGUUGAUGAUUGUGUGCUAUUGAUUGGUGCAGGAUACUUGGUAUACGAGUAAAUACUUGAGACUCGUGUCACUUGAUAAAUUUUCUUUUUGGACUAGGUCGCACAGUUAUUAAAACAACUUUUAACCCUCCCCCUUCACAUACAUACAUAUCAGGUUGUUUUCUAGUUAAAAACCCAAGUAGCUCAGAUUCUACUUUAAUGUCAGUGCAGAUUUGCAUUGAAUCAUGCCAUUGUAUUUUUUCUCAUUUUUAUGCUGUUGGGUCUUAGUUUUUAAAUUGAUAUAAAGAACUCAGCAGUGGUUUUAUUUUCUACUCAUACUUAGGGUUUAGGAAACACUACCACUAGUUAUCAUUUAAUCAACUUCAAUGGUCUACUGAAACAAAAAUGGUAACUUUUCAUUAGUGGAUUAUUUAGAGUUAUAGUAGUCGUUUCCAGAAAACACUUCCUCACAAUUGUACUUCCCAAUCAAAUCAUGUGAUCAUACAGUUAUUCCCAUGAAAGGCAGAAUGUUUGUUUCAAAAUUAAUCUAGUUUUCUGUACAUUUAAAUUUGAGAAGGUGACAACUGGCUCUUUUCCAGUCUUCCUUCAUGUCAGUUUUCUGAUAGACCACUAUUGGCAAACAGUAUCUGUCAACUACCAAAUGUGUAAAAUUUUCUGUAUUUCACUUUGUCUUAUUUGUAAAUAGUGAACUAAAACUUUUGGCAGAUCAGCAACAUUUGCUGAGCCUGUUUUUUAAGCUAAUGUGUAUUCUUACUAAUGUUCCUAUCAAGAAUGGAUUUGUAAUAUAUGCUGUCUAUUUCUAAUGUUCACAUUCAUAUUUUGAGGUUCUAUCUUAUUUUAAUAGAGAACAGACUUCUCAAAAAAUCUUCAGAAGCAGCUUAUUAUUGAAAUAUCGAAAUAUUGAAAUAAACCCGGUGGGGUUAGAUUACUCAUCUGUCCACCAAGUGGGACAUUUGCAUGGACUGGGGGCUUAAAGGACUUAGAAGAGACCUGUAAGUAAAUCCUGAAAAUGAGCCAAUCCCCACUUGAAUGGUUACUGGAGUAAACCCACCUUUACCACCCCAAUUACAGCACCCGAGGCCGAUAAACCAACUUGGCUCUGGUUCAUUUUUCUUUUCUUCAUUUGUGAUGCUCAGAUUCAAAAUGUGUGUUCUACACUGUUACAGGCUUCUCUUUUGUUUGAUUAAAGAUUUUAGUCCUACUUUUGUAUGGACACAUUAGAAUAUUCAGAGACCAAAAUAGAAGAAUUUGCUGUUAGAUAUUUUUCAGAAGUCAGCAGAUUUGUGGCAAAUCAUUUAUUUGCCUUUUUAAAAAUUCAGUUUAAGCAGUUCAGAGAGUAGACUACUCAGAAAAUUAUUUCACGUAAUUGUCUAAGAGGUCAAUAUUUUUUAAUGCAUAUUGAAUCAAAUAAAGUGCUCUAAAGAAAUUAUUAUACAAAUUCCUUUGGGUUGUUUUUCUUUUCUUAACAAGGGGUGGGGGUAAACAGGAAUAUGAUUCAGGCUUUCUGGUUGUGUAUUUAAAGAGUAUUGAUUUUAUUAUUGCUAUUGAUUUACUUUAUUCCUGGCUUCCUUUUCACUUUUCUUUCAAUUUUUUAAAAAUAAUUUAAGCCGUUGAAAAUAUACCAAACUGUUGAAACAUUUUACUCAAAUUUUAAAUUCCUAAAAAUGUUUUUUAAUAAGAGGGAGAAAAUUAUUUAAAAAUACUUAUGCCUAUGCCAAUUUCCUUCUUUUUUCACAAAAUCCAUGAUUUCAGUUUGUAAGUAGACAUAUAUCUAAGGGCACAUUUUUAGAAAGUGAGGAAUAGCAGCAGUAUAACUUCAUUUUGUCAGGCCUUUGAGUUCUAAUAUUUUGUAUUGCUCUUCAAAUGGAUCCUUUUAAAAAAAAUUGUAGAUAAUGAGUCAUAAAUAGAUUCUGCCAACUGAGGGGAGAAGCAUUUUAAGUAAAUAUUUUUCAGUAUUUGGGGCCUUAAAAAAUAAUUGUGUUUCCUUAAAAUUACAUGUUAGAUAGAGUUUUUAGGUUUUUUUGGUUUUAAUUUAAGAUUGGUUAAAGCAAUUUAAAAGCCACUUUUUUGUCAACAUUUAAUAGCCUCCACUUCUGUUAAGAUAAUUUAUACUGCUGAGGAAUUACUAUUAAUAGCUAUCAACAUACCACCAUUAAAUUAAGGUAUUCACUUUAGAUUUUUUAUUAAAGCUUUUUUCUUGCACACUGAUCGUUGUGUUUCUAAGCUGAUUUUUUCAGCUCUAAUAUACCUAUGGUUAAAAAGUAUAAAAACUUAAAUUGAUAUUUAGAUAUAUGUUUUCCUAUUAGUUUAUGUUUUAAAAAGACAAAAUUGUAUCUGUCAGUCCCUGAAGGCAGUUUGUUUUUAUACUCUCUCACAUUUGUAUUUGUUGUUUAAAUGGCAGUAUUUUAGAAGAUUUGGAGAAAAGUCCACAUAAUAAUGUUUUCUUAAAAGCUUUUAAAGUUUUUGCUGUACUUCAAUUUACUUCUUCCAUCAGAAAACUAAGAACAAAGUGUUGCUCAGUCUGUUCCGCUGACCUAAAUUUGUGUUUUCAGCACUGGGCUGGGCCAAUUCACUGAGUGAAGGAAUUGCUUUAUAAGGCAAAGCAUGUGAAAGUUCUAAAGUAUGGUUAGAUUGUAGGUCGUGCUCUAUAUGGAAACAUCAAACCAUUACUACAGAGAAAUAAGGCAUUGGAUCCACUAUUGAAAUUAUUAUUUUUGGAUCAACAAGUUGGUACUUUCUGACUUCUGUAUCUUAACAUAAGGGAAUUUUAGGUAAUGCUAAGUCAGUUGUCUCAUUUUUUGUGAUAAGUUUUGGAAUUUUUAGUUAAUUGAAAUAAAUAAUGCUUUUAAAUAGAAGUAAAAGGUUUAUAAGUGUGCAAAUUGUAGAUUUAUCAAUUACCUCAGCAGGUAUCCUGCCAUGUAAUUAUUAGUGAUUAGUGUUAAUAAGAUAAUAGAUUCAGGUCUUCCAACUAUGCCCUUGGAUUGUGGCCUACUGUAUGUUAUUAAAUGGUCUCUUACUAUCCAAAAUGGGAGUAGAUGCUGUGGCCCCGUCUCCCUUGGCUUUUACGUCCCAUACCCAACCCCAUUCAUGUACAACAUGUGAAAUAUAAAAAUCUCAUUUCUUGUCAAAAUCAGCACUGCUUAUUUGCAUACUCAGCAUCGGAUCAGUGAGUGGUUUUUAUAAAAAAUCCACGCACCCAACUCCCUUAGUUAAAACAGAUUCUUAAUUCAUACCAUGAAUUCUUAAUUUCUGUACCAUCUAUGUUAAUGAUCUGCUGAAGGUGACUCAAGAUUUUCAAGGUGUAAUACAGUUUGAUCAUGUACCGGACCUGGAUAUUUAAUUUUUUUUUCCUCACAGUUAAUCUCCUCCUUGAUAAAGCAAUAACACUGCUUUGAGUCUGUUGCCUAAUAGCAUGUCAGAAUCCUCUCCUGGAUGGUGAUUUUAUAGGAAAGUUUGUAUGCAUAUCACCCAGUCUAUCUUUUAAAAAUUAAGAAAUUUAAAUGUAUGCUGGAAGUAAUGACAAUAUAUUGUGGCAUUUUAUUUUAAAAAUUGGGGAAAGUUGCAUAUUUUUUUAAAAGUAAGUGUUUGAGUAAAAAAAUUGAAGGUACUUUUUUAAGGAAAAAAAUUUAUAUGCCACAGUUUACAUAGACAUUUCAGAUUCAACACGUACUCUUGAAUAUAAUGGUUUCUUUUACUUGGUCAAAAUGCAUGUAUAGCAUUUCUUUCAUCUUAGUUCCUUGUGUUUGCCUAUGUGGUCCUUUAUAUAUUUUUUAUUGUAUCGGAGAAACAAAACUAUCUUCAAAAAUAAGUUAAUUUGGAUAUAUUUGUCAUAUCAAACUACAAAGUGUACAAAGUUAAUUUUAGCCCUUUUCUAGAAAGUGAUCUUUAAAAUUAAAAAUGCUCCUCUUUUAAAUUCACCAAAUUUAUGUGUGGGAAGGCACCAAAAUGAUUUUGUAACUGCCACUGCAAUAUUCCCUUUCAAGUGUGGCCUAAAUUUCAAUCUUAAGGAUGGAAUGCAUGUCUGCUCCUUGUUCUGAAAAAUGUAGGCAUCUACUACAUUUUAAAACACAGUGAAACAUAUACAUAAGCCUAUAAAAAAAGAUUUGUGCAAUUUGAAAGCCUGUUAAUUUUUUAUGUAAACAUACCUACACACGAAAGGGUUAAAUUCACAGCCUUACUAGUUCCUUGCUUCCAGUAUUUCAAUUGGUCUCCUCCCCUCAUUAUUAUUAUUACUACUAGUACUAUUAUUUUUGCACAUAGUUAACUGCCCUUCAAUAUGAUUCUUAAAAAGUGCUGUUUCUGUGGUAUCGUAUUCUCUAAAUAAUCAUAUUUAAUUUUUUAAAACAAGGUUGCAGUUUCUAAUUGUUUCGUUCCUGUGUUUUUGCUGGUGUGUAAUAAAAGCAAGUUUUUUCUUUUCAUGGUUAUUUAAUACAUUAGCUGCCUGUAAAUAAUUCUUGUUAUAAUGCUCUGGAAUGUGUUGUAGAAGUUGUAUUAGAUUAGUUUUAAACCCUUGUUUGAAAGCCACAUUGUUUUGGUUAUUUCUAUUAAAUUAGAAAAUUGAAAAAGUU